UCGCCGCCAUCUUCGGAAGUAUGGCAGCCUGCGGCUGGUGCCGGUGCCGGGCGGUGCUGGCCCUCCGGGCGGCGGGCGGCAGCCGCUGGGGACGGCGGGGGGCAGCACCCGGUGAGGCAGGGGCGGUACAUGUCAGUUCCCCCAGACUCUGCUCCGACAGGGAGAGUAGCGUGUCUUACCAGGAGCUCAAGAACCUGAAGAAAGCAAACGUCCUCCACAUCGAUGUUCGAGAGAGGUGGGAGAUUGAGAGAGAUGGGAAAAUCCCGGCGUCCAUCAACAUACCAUUGAAUGAAUUAGUGGAAGCUCUGCAGAUGAAUCCAGCAGACUUUAGGGAGCAGUACAAUCAGAAGAUGCCUGCCAAGUCAGACCAUGUGGUUUUCUCCUGCUUUGCAGGAACAAGAAGUAGACAAGCACUGAGUUUUGCUGCAUCCCUGGGUUUCAGCAGAGUUCAGCACUAUGCUGGUGGCCUUGAGGACUGGGCAAAACAUGAAUCUCUAGAGAAAAAAUGAAGAUGACAUCCUCCAGCUCCUGCCCCACCUUCGGGAUGCUUUGUAGAUUUUAUCAGGAUGCUUUGUAGAUUUUAGCAUUUAAGCUACCCACAUUCCACUUUCAGAAUACAAACGUUUCCCCUCAUGUAAAUGGGCAUUUCAUUAGCCAUGCAUAUUAACUGCUUUGUUUCAAUUAAGUUCUAUGAGAUGAAUAGAAGAUGUUAAAUUUGUUCAGCCUUUAAUCUGCACGACGUUAUUUGCUGGAAGAAAGUGACAAGACUUUUAAUGUUUUUGGCUGCUAGGAUUUUGGCAUGAUUUGCUUUAUGACUUUAAAUAAAUGGUGAUAGCAUGCAUAAAAUUAUCCUUCCCAAAAAACUUUGUUGAGUAGCUUGUUUAGAAUAACUGCAGUUUAAUGGAAUUGCUGUAAGUGUCCUAAGCACAGGUGUACUAUUCUUCAUGUAUAGCUAUAUUUUUAAGUUUUUGCCAUGUUAUCAAGAGCAUACAAUGGGAAACUGACUUGCUGUUCAAAAUGUGUGAUUCCUUAUUUUAGAAGUAUGUCCAUUUACAUACACAGGUCUGCUUCUGAGCACAAAAUUGCAAUAGCACUCAGUCAACUUGUUCUUUUUCCUUAGCAGCUCAGUAUCAAGUGAGAACUUGUCUAUAUUUACUUGAAGUUGUUAUUAUGGAGAUGUAAUCAUCUUAGAUUGGAAAAUGUGAAGCAUCCAAGGAAGCUACCUAACUCCCUGCUUUCUUCUUUGUAUAUUAAUUUGUACAUCUGAAAUGUUAAAAAAAAAAACAACACAUCCCAUCCCACCUAUACAGCUGCAUAGUCAUAAUUCUAAGGAUUGGGUUUUUUAUUUGUCUGUUUCAAUGCUGUUAGCAGUUCAAGAGAACUAGCAAAGCUGAAUUACUCUGAACUGAAUUAAAGCCUAUAGAAAACUGCAGAAGUCUACGACUCUGCGGGAUGUCUGGAAAAAGAGAGCAAGAUUUCUGGUUCUGCUCUGAAAAUUAGCAACUAACUGUCUCACCUCUGUGACAUUUGUUCAUGUAGCAUCAUCUGUUUACAAAUUUCUUAUGUAUGACUCAGAAUAGCCUGCUGAAGCUGUUGGUAAUACAGAGUUACGCAGGGAUUCAUUAAUGCACAUUCAUACAUACGUAAUACUUGAAUGUAGCUCUUCACCAGAACUCCACCUACAUUAAGAGGCCCCUUCUGUUACCUAAACUCUAACUCAGUUUUCCCAAAGCACCAUUUUGCCACUCGCACUGUUCAUCCUGUUUCCCUAGAAGGGAAUUUGUUGAGGACAAAUUCGGGUGUCUUCCAUCCACCAAGCUUUUCACGUGCCUGUUCUGAGAGGAUCAGCUCCAGCUGGCAGCUUUGAAUUCUGAGAUUUUUUGACUCUUCAUAUACUAUUGGACAGUACCAUAUAUGGUGAAACCUUCAGAUUUUGUUUGGGAACCAAACCAAUCAUAACAAGAGAUCCUAUAUUCUCUGGGCUUAGAAAACUAAGUUCUAUUAAGAAAUUAAAUUUUGGAAGAAAGAGGCUAAAAGAAACACAAGCCUUUUAGUAAGGGCAGAAUUGUUAUCAAUUGGAAAAAAAACCCAAAAUCACAUUCUUUGGCACAGACCAGUUGGCAUUUUAGCAGCUGCACAGUGGAGUCCUUCAGUCCAUUGUUACUUCAAUGAGUAGGGGCAGAGCACAAAGGGCAGAAGUAUUUUGCUCCUGAAGAAAGCCUUCCCCAGAAUCCAGCCUCAUCAGAUGACGAUGAGGAAACUGAGCAGGAGGUUUGUGGAAUUAAUUAAUGCAGUGCAUUAAGAAAUCUUAAUGUAAGUUUUCUGAUGCUUAGUAGUAGAUUUUAUUUCAACUGUUAAACACCUUUUAAAGGCAAUUUAAAAUAAGGAAAACAUACAACUAAAAUAUUGAAAUAGAUUUACCAACCUUUUUCUCUGUAGUCUUAACAGUUUCCAAGCUGUUUAAACAGGUUUUGUAAUUCUCAUCACUGAAUUCAGAUCCUUUGACCUCACUCUAUUGCCUUUCACUGCUUACACUGUAAUCAGAGAUGGUAAUACCAUCAUCAUCCUGACAGUAAUUACUUCAGAUGCCUCUAGUUAUCAAGUGCCCAAUAUUUUAGCUCUGAGAUUUAGAUCAUACAGAUAAUAAAGGUAUGAAGAAAAGUUUGCAAAGGCUCUUUAGCAGUGAGAAAACUUUUCACUCUGUCCAUUCUUAAUUGUGUAAAGUUCCCCAAUUAAAUAAAUAAAAAAAGCUUGAGGGAUGUGUGAUAGAUGUGAAAAGACUGAUGUUUAACUGAAGAACAGCUCAUACUUACGAAGUCCAUACAGCAGUCAGUGUGCAUUUAUUUUUACUUGCCAAGUGCACAUCACAAGUAGAACACUCUAGGCUUCAAGCAUCAAAGACAAAUAUCCAAACCCACUUCAUCAAUUAGGUGUCUAUAAAGGUACAGUUGAAGGGCAACAGCAGUAGCAAAGGCCACGGUGUGUUUUUUCUAUCUUAUUAAAGUGGUUUGGAUUUUACUACCUAAUCUUUUACAAAAAUGACUAGAACAGUACUAAAUACAAGUAGCCAUGCUGGCUGCAUAUAAAUACACUUCUGUUUCAGUGAACGAGGUGUAAAUUGCAGAGGGAUAUUAUCUACAAAAACAGAGUUCACUUUUCUUUUAAUGGGUCAGUUUUUUUGAGUCAAAACAUCACAGAAGAUUUUGUAGAACCCUCCCUAGCAUUUUAAACCAGCGAAAUGUGGCGUUUGAGGAAAGGAGAAGCUGGACAGCAACAGUACUUCACUUUGUUUUAUUGUUCAAUUUUUAUAGUUGGGCAAAUCAGCAUUCUUAUUCAAAAUGAAGUUGUACAGAAAUUAUUUAGAAAGGAAGUUAUCUAAAAAUCAUUACAUUUGAUUUAGGCCAAUUCCUGACUUCAGUGGGAUAUCUGCCUGAGUAAGGAACACAGGAUAUGGCCUUCUAUUUGAAGGAAUCUCAUUUUCUCCAGCACGCAGUCAACCAAGGAAUCCCAUUUCAGUUAUUCUAAAGAGUUGCUCCUAAGAUCACAAUUAAAAUUAGCCAGUAUGAAGCUCACCAAAAGCUUGAUCCUCUUAAAUAACCUCUUCAAUGAGCCACACAAAUUCACACUAACAGUGAAGGCAGACUAACAGUGUGUAUCUUUUAUACAAAAGAAAAAAAAAUAAAAAAACCAAUCAUAGCCAGAUUUGUAUUUGUUUGUGAAAUACUCCAAUUGUACUUACACAGUACAUGCAAAAAAAAUAAUUGUUGGUGUUUUGUUUUUUAAAUUCCAAAUGCUUGAAAUGCUUAGGAAAACUGCAGAAUCACUAUACAUAUUGCACUUUUCUGGUAAGUUGGGCUUCUAGACUUCAAGGCAAAAACAUCCAAGUACAUCUAUUGAGUAAAACAAGCAUCUUCCUAACCCCCAAAAAUGAACUGAAUUUCUUCCCUGCAGUUUUCAUUAAAACUCUAACACCAUUCUUUGCAAAUUCUUCUGUGCUUUGCUCCUGAAGGACUGUUUUCACUUAUUAGAAAAUCCAGAUGAUAGGAAAAAAAAAAAAAUAAUAAAAAUCACCAAAUCCCUAGGUAAUUAAUAGGUUUAACAUACAGUGCACUACCCUCCUUCAGUCACAAACAAAAUGAAGACAACACAGGUCAUUAAUAUAGUUACACUUAGGCUUCAAGAACACUCUUAAAAAAAAAAAAAAAAAAAAAAUCACUUUUAAUGGCAAGCCACAAUUUU